GAAGCCAAGUUCGAGGAAAACUAUCUCAUGUGAGGACAGGGAUUUAUUUGAUGCCAUUUAAAAUGUCCGAGGAAUGUACAUCUUCGACCGUUUCGGUAGAAGAAAUUCGUUCUUGGUGGGAAGUACCCGCCAUCGCACACUUUUGCUCUUUAUUCAGGACAGCAUUUGGGCUCCCAGACUUCGAAAUUGAGGAACUAGAAGAGGCUCUCCUGAUAAAUGAUAUUGACUUUCUUGAUGAUCUCAUUGCUUGUUUGCUUCAAGGCUGCUAUCAGCGCAGAGACAUCACACCUGACAGUUGUGACAUGUACCUGGAAGACAUUAUUAAACAUCGAUGGGAACUUGAAGAAGGGAGACCAAAUCCACUGAAAAACACGAAGUUCAAAGAAUUACCCAUUCGUUUACGUGUUGAGCUGUUGCACAGGCUAUGUGACUACAGAUUAGAUGCGGAUGAUGUGUUUGAUCUUUUAAAGGGUCUGGAUGCUGAUAAUUUGAGAGUGGAACCUUUAGGAGAAGAUGCCAUUGGAGCAACCUAUUGGUAUUUCUAUGGCACUCGUUUAUACAAAGAAGGACCAUCUUUCACACUGGAGAAACAUCAGAUGGAAGAAAUUGAAAAUGGAAAACUAAAUACCUAUAGCUCCAAUUACAAACUUAUCAACAUGAAACCUAAAAAGAGAGGCCGACCAUCAAAGCGGAAGAAAUUGGAAGAUAUUUAUUUUACAACUGUGAGUGAAUCCAUGAUUGUAACCCAAGAAGUACCUUCUAUAGAAGAUUCUCGACAAGAAUGCAGAAGUCAUGAUCCAUUGAAAACCCCUGGAAGUUGUGGCACUUGGGAACUGGUGUGUCAGACAGAGGAGGAAUGGAGGAAAUUAACGGAAUGCCUCCAGACAAACACUUCUGUUAAAGAAAGACAGCUGCAUGCAACUCUCACUGAAGACUUCCUCCCUGAAAUUUGCAAUAUGAUUGCUCACAAGGAGAAACAGCUGCAGAAGAAGCUGUCUGAAAUGGCUCCCAGGAGAAUUUCUGACCGCCUGACCCUAAAACGGUUGCAGCAGGAGGAAGAGGAAAAAAUGUCUGCUAUUGCAAAGGUAGAAGAACAAAAGCGAAGAGAGGAAGAAGCAGAACGUCAACUACUUUUGGCUGUGCAGAAAAAGGAACAAGAGCAACUCAUGGAAGAAGAGAGGAGGAGGGAAUUUGAGGAAAGAGUCAAAGCUGUAGAAGGCCGUGCUAAAAGGAGGAAGAUGAGAGAAGAGCGAGCCCGGUUACUUUCUCAGGGAAAAGAAUUGCCUCCUGAACUUAAGAACCUUGAACCACUGUUCCCUAAAAAGAAAGAUAAGAAGACAAAAGACUCAUUUGAACUGGAUGAAGAUUACAUUGCUAUGUAUAAAGUCCUAGAUGCUGUGAAAGCCCACAAGGAUUCUUGGCCCUUCCUUGAGCCUGUAGAUGAAUCAUAUGCCCCAAAUUACUACGAGAUAAUUGAAACACCUAUGGAUCUAUCCACCAUUGAAAGAAAACUUAAUGAGAAACAAUAUACUGUGAAAGAAGAAUUUGUUGCUGAUAUGAAGGUUAUGUUUGAAGAUUGUCUGGAAUAUAACGGUGAAGGAAAUGAAUACACAAAGAUGGCUGAAGCUCUAGACAGGUGUUUUAACAAAUCAAUGCUGAAACACUUCCCUGCAGAAGAUGCUGACAGCGAUGAAGAGUUUAAUUUAAGGUGGGAAGAUCGGGAAAAGAAAGAUCGGAGACGGAAUAAGUCAAAUCGCUUUGGAAAAGAAGCCACUGAAACUCUAAGUAAAAUGACUGAUGAAUCUCUCAGACAACAAAAACAGAUGAAUGGAGAAGUGCAAAGUGCUGGAACUGAGAUGAACAGUGGCCAGUUGCAGCAUGGGCCUCCUUCAAGGAAAUUAGGAGUAGAAAAUGGGCAGACUUAUCCUCUUACACCACCGUACAAGGGAAUGUCGUGUACUGAUUCACCACGUCAGAUGUAUCAUCUUCAAGGACAACAAAGACCAUCGGUGCCAUGUAUGUUUGGAUCUCGGCCAACUGUAGAGACCCAGUAUCAAUAUUGUUCCCCAAGGGAACCACUGCUGGCACAUCAAGUACGACAGCAAUUGCAUCACCAAUUUAUCAUGCAGCAUCAGGUAACUGUGAAUGAACAUCAGGGGCCUCGGAUGUUAGCAGCUGGCAAUAAAGCAACAUUUCCCGGGCCAGUACAUGGGCCACCUUUAGGCCCUAGACCCCCAUCAGUGCCUCAUGGAACAGUGAAUGCUCCACCUCAGGAAGGAAGUUUGUACCCAAGCCAACCAUUUCAACCAGGAUACACAGCACACCGCCUGGAAGGGCCAGUUCACCGUCCAAACACUGAUUUUCAGGGGAGGCAUGUGUACAAUCCAUAUGGUCGCCCAAAUGGUCCAUGUCAUGGGCCUCAUCAUGUAUGGAACAGUAAUAAUGAUGGUUCAAUUGAAAGACCUAUGGGAUCUGUUGAAAAAAAUCGACUGGUUGCUCCAGGCCAGUCCCCACAAUCACAGCAUCGCCCAUUUCCCCAAAUGAUGGAGCACAAUCUAAUAAGGCCGUCUGUGCCACUCAAUCACUGGCCAGAUCAACCAGAUUGUCUACCUCAAAAUGGGCCGCCAGGAUAUCCCAGACUUCCAAAUUCACCCCAAGCACCUAGUGUACAGAGAAUGCCACCUCCUUUCCUAAGACACUCACAUCAAGGUCUCCACAUUGAUUCGAUGCUAUCUAGUCCAGAGAUGAUUGCAAUGCAGCAACUUUCCGCCCCAGUCUGUCCACCAGGGCAGUCUUCAGCAUAUCUUCCUGGUACCCAUGUAUCAGCAGCACAGCAGCAACAUGGUGAAACCCAGCAAUGUAUCUCCAGUAUGCAACCUCACAAACGAGCAUUGGAAGGCGGUGCUGAUUCAUUAGGAAUAUCACAGCAUGCUGAUAGACCAGAAAAUAUUGAUGAAACACAAGAAAUGAAGCCAAUCAAAAACAGGUCAAUUGGAGGUGAACAAAAACAACAAUGCAAAAAUUCAGGAAUCUCUCCUACAAAUACCGAACCAACCACACAACAGCUCUCCAAAGGUGACAUCAAACGGAAUCCAGCCAAUUUUAUUGAAUCGGAUACAAGUGAAAGUCAAAGUAAUGGGUUGAGAUCUAUCGAAGUUGAAGAGGAAGAAAAAUGUGACAUUAAAUUGAAAGAUAUUAGCAGUUCAGUUGGAAAGGCACAGAAAGAGUCAAACAAACCAAUUGUAGGCUCCAAAAAAAGAGCCAUAAAGAACAGUGCAAAGAAUAAUAAAAAAAUCAGCAGCAGAGUGAACAAAGAGAAAAAAGUCAAAAAUCAAAAUAAAGCUGAGGUGAAGAACCAUAAUGAUAACCUGGUCAAUGAAAGUGCCCCCAACUUCAUACAUUAUGCCGAAUCUUCAGACCAAUUAGCAUCCAACAAUUUGAACAGAAACGAGUCUGUAAAAAAUACGAACACGUUAACAGAAGGCAAACAGGGAAAAAAUAAUGGAACUAAUCCUGGGAUGAUGGGAAUUAUGCCACACACACAAUAUGGACAUAAUCCAGAAUACUCCGUUGCAGGACAGUAUGGUUUGGCUCGUGGUUGCAGACCCUUUGGAAGAAGUAUAAGUGGACCCCAGACUUUUGCAAACACACAGCCUUUUCCUAAUCCAAGAUUUUCUCAGCAGUUGCCACCUGGGAUAUACCCCGCGUAUCAGCACCAAGUCCAAUGUUAUCCAUAUCAUGCUUCCCAGCAACAGAUUCAAUCACCAUACCACCAAUAUCAACAUCCUCAUUACUAUGCUUAUGCUCAAGGGCAAAGUUAUCCUCCAGAGGACUGGCCCCAGUCCCUAUCACCAACAGGCCCUCACCUACAGCAUUCUAGCCAUUUGUCAGUACAUAAUGGAAAUGGGAAAACAUCAGUGUCUAGUAUUCCUUUGCAGGGUUCGGAGAGAUCAUCAGACAGUCGCACAUUGGUAAAUGCAACACAGGAAACAAUGAAUGGAAACUCUAAAGAAAAGAAUGACAUGAGCCAGGGGACCAAUAACAUGUCACACACCACAAAGGAUGAAAAAUUAAAUAAAGAACAGGAAAGGCCUGAAAGUCCUAAAGAAAUUCUGGAUCUAGACAGUCAUAAUGCUGCUGCUAAAAGACAUAAUGCUCAACCUAUAAGUGGACUGAUAUACAGGGGACCUGGAGUACAUCCUGGGAUUCAAGGACCCCACGGAAUUCUUUCACAUUCAUCUGUUUAUACAGCCCAGUCGUCUUCUCUUUUUAACACUAACACUAAUCCUUAUGCAACUCGGCGACCACCUCAGGCCAUGCUGGGGGCUUCACGUCAUCAUAUCCCGCCUCAUCAGAUAAAUGGCCAGCCACAAACCAGAAUGCCUUUGUACAGUCAAUCUGAUGAAAGAAUGGGUCAGUAUCAAAAUAUGGUGAUGCAGCAACAGGGAAUUAGACCACCAGAAGAACAUUACAACAUAAGAGGGAUGUCAGUACAGGAGAACCCAUAUCAGAAAUCUGUGUCGGGAACAGAAAUAGUCAAGGAAGUUGAGCAGAAGAUGCCAGCUUCAUUUUCUGAUCAGAAGUGAGCAAGAUGGUUGCAAACAGAGCCAAGAUCUAAGAGGACAUUGUUGUGACAGCAAUUCAGUGUUCUAGUUCAAUGGGUAGAUGCAAUUUUUCAUUUUUUAAAAAAAAAUAGGUAUUAUGAGAAUCUCAGGUGUAAAAAAUGUACUUUAAAUUGUAGCAUUUCUAUCUGUGUAGGGAUUGGGUUAAAACUGGUUUACAAGAAUAAAUGAUGCCUUUUUCUCUAGUCUGUUGAAUGUAUCUAUGAACAGGUAGCAACUAAAAAAGCAAUAUCUUAUGGAUGUAGCACUGCAGUAAGAUACCCAAGCAUCCUUUUAAUAAGCUCAGAAUCAUUUUAGAAGAUUUCUGUAGAAAUCUGUUAUUGUUGCCAAUACAUGCACGCAACAGUUUUAUUUUGUGAUGCAGUAGUUUAGUUGCAGGAUUACUAUUUUCUAUUUUGUAUGAUUUUCCCCAGGUUAUUCAAUAAUGUUACAUUUGAUACACUAAAUUGCUGUAAUGAGAAAUCAUUCUGCACUGAUGCACAGAAUGUUAGUUGUUCUGCAUUUCUUUGUUUAAUAUUGUCUUUUUGUAUUUGAUGUGUUCUCUGCUGCUGAAAUUGUAAUAUUUAAUCGCCAGUCUCAGGUUUGCUUUCAGUGGCUAUAUCACAAAUACUAAAUCCUGGUAAGAAACCCGAGACAACACUAAAAUAAACUUUAUUUUAUUUAAAAUAUUUGAUACAAGUUCACCAGCUAAAUAUUAGUUCCUGUACUGUUUAAAUCAACUGAGGUAAAAGAUAGGGAAAAAGGUCUUUUAUUGUUAAAUGCAAUCAACAACUCCAUGGUAUUGCAGCCUCAAAAUCACAAUUGUGUAUAACAUUUUUUAAAAAUAAAUCAGUUUUGUCCUGGAAUUAGUCAAUUGAUUUGAGUCCCCUGCUCCUGGUCAACGGCCUCCCAUUUUCAUUUUGGCUUUCAAAUGAAUAACAUAAUUAUCUCUCAGAAAUGAAGCCUCAGCACAUUAAGAUGCACAUUACCCCCAUCCCUGCCACUCUCCUCUUGUGUGCUUAUUAAUCAUUACAACUGGUAACCACUACACUGUGCAGUGAAAGGAUGUUUGCAUUUAGUCCUUUGAAUUGACCUAAAACGUUAAGAGUCAUGUUUGACCAGGUGAGGCAUGGUUCAUAUAUAAAUUCAUUUUAAAAUAUAAAAUCUGCAGUUACAAUUCUUAAGCAUGUAGUGCGACAUGAAUCUGCUGUACUUUAUCAGUGCCAACCAUGCCCACUUCACCAAUUAUUUGGACACUGUGGUUUGGUCAGGGAUAGACAUGUCAGUCAUGACUAUAUGAAAUUCCCUGGGCUUGAAGGGAAAAACUAGUAAGGGUUCCCAGUGUGGUUUACUGUUGGUUAGUCCUUUUUUAGAAAUCCAUGCAUGUGUGUGUAUGUAUGUAUGUAUGUAUGGAAUUGAGUCAGGGCAGGUUUGGAUUAGGUUCUGCUGCUUUCAGUUAAACAUUUGCUGACACGUAAUGUUUGCACUCUUAAAUGAAGAAUUGCCGUUUUUGAGUUACAAGAGGAUUGCCAGCACCUGUGCAUCCAUACCUUGGUACAAAAUAUGGAACUUGCAUUAAAUUCAUGGCUUCCACGUUCUUGUGAUGUCUCAAAAGUGCUACAUAGUCAAAUUAAUUACCUUUCUGUAUUUACAAAAUUAUAGGUACUGUAGUUUUGGAGACAAAUGUGGUCAGUUUGCACACUGCAGGGUUUUACGCACAACAUUGAAAUAAUCCUGUUUUUCUGUGAUGAAUGAUAAAUGUUGGCCAGGACUCUCGGGGAGAUGCUCCUCUUUAAACAGUAGCAUGGGAUUGUUUACAUUCACCCAUCCCAGGUAGACAGGGUCUCUGUCUAAUGUCUCAUCCAAAAACCUGCCUCCAAAAAAGCAGUGCCACCUUAAUAUGCACUGGAACAUCUGCCUAGAUUCACUCAAGUCCUGCAGUGGGAUUUGAAUCCACAACCUUCUGACUUAAAAGUUAAGAGUGCUGCCACUGAGCCAUGCUGGCAUUAAUGUCAGCACUUUUUGGAAAGUGGAACAGAAAUUGAGAACAAUGAAAAUGCUUUGGAUUCUUUUUCUCGAUUUCUGACUUUCUUCGCAGCCUCUUGAAUUCUUUCUAAGAACUCUGGCAAAUCUAUGCAGCAAUAAUCCCGCAUAUUUUCUUUAUCAAAGUCUUGCUGUAGCAUUUGACGAUCCCAUUUUAUAAAGGAUAUUUGUCUUGUCUGAAGGCAGCUAACAUACAGCCACUUAAACACUCCAACAAUUGAUGAUCUUUGAUCAGACUAUGUGGAUUUUAGCUACUUUUUAAUUAUAUAAAAGACAAAACAUACCUCAGACUGUCAGUCUUGCAGUCUUCCACCAAGUCUGCACUAGCUACAGCCAGUAUUUUAAUCUUUUCCAAGGCACUAGAUGCUGGGAAACAUAAAACCUAUUUAUUUGUACUUUAUAUUUUGUAUAUGUUGAAAUUUUGUAAUGAAAUGCAAUGUCAAGUCACUUUGGUUACAGUUGUGACACAUACCUCAGUUGUUCUGUACUAGGGCCCUUAUGUAAGAAAACAUUUUUAUUGUUGCUUGACUGACAUAGAUUAUUUUCCAUAUGAAUUUACUAUUUUCUAUA